GCCAUGACCUUUUUUGAUACCGCAGCAGAAGCCAGCCUGCAGGUAAGGUGAUCACCGUGUAAUCACCCUUCUUUCAGCAGCGGAGGAGCAAACUGACAGAGGCGUCCUCACGGUGGUGAGCACACGUCUCUUACACCACCCUCCCGACCGGACUGCGUAACUCACUCCACGGCGGACAGCGCUGAGAACUGGAGGUCUGAGUGGAAAAGGAUUUCCCUGGGGACCCAGGUGUCCACUGAAGCCCGGCCCUCCGGCGCCCAUGCCCUCUCCCAGAGUUCAUCCGCAGAGCCAGGGGACAGAAGUCUCUUCUGUUUCCAGUGCAAAGGAAGUCCCUUCAGAUCUGGAGCGUAAAAAAGAGCAAUGCUGGCCCCCCACCAGGCAGUGCCUCUGGAUUACCUGCAUGGCAUUCCUUGUGCUCGGAGUUCUGGCUGCCGUGAUCGGUCUUGGGAUUACCUUUGGGAUCCCUGGAAAACCUGCAAGCUGGCCGUACCGGCAGUGUAAGACAGCCUCACAGCACCCAGGCUUCUUGUGUGAGGACCUCGAGACCUGCCUGCCACCCUCCCUGCUUUGUAACGGCAAGCUGGACUGCAGUCACGGUGAAGAUGAGUCUGCUGCCUUCUGUGGUCAAAUGCCCAGCAGUCUCCCACAAAACUUGAUAUUCAAGUGUCCCAACCAGGAGACUUGGACGUAUGUGGACAAGGUGUGUGACACGAGGAACGACUGUGGCGAUUGUUCGGAUGAAUCAGUUUUACAGUGUCCCAAGUGUCCGGGCUGGAGAUGUGAAACUGUUUUCUUUGCUGACUGUGCCUGCAUUCCCAGAACUCGCUGCAGAAAUGGCAUUCAGGACUGUGCUGAUUGGAGUGAUGAAAAAUUAUGUGAAUAGAAGACUUUCCUAAUUAUUAUAUUGGAAAAGCUAGAAGCUGUUAUUCGUUCUGUUAGGACUUUUCUCAAAAAAAAAAAAAUAGAAAAUGGGGCAGCCCUGGC